AUGUUAGAUCAUUCAAGUGGCUAUACAACUCAUAAUAUAAAAGAACCAAUAAAUUUAAGUUCAGAAUCAAUAAAACCUCAAAAAACUCAAAAUCAACAAAUUUUAAGUAUAAAAAAUUUAUUUGAUAUUCAAUCUACUCCUGUUUCUUCAGAAUCAUUAAUUUCAACAACUCAUGAAUCAAAUUCUUCAUUUGAAGAAAACAAAUCGAAUGUUGAAGAUGAAAUAAGUGAAAUUAAAUCAAUUGAAUUUUUAGUUGAUGAAAAUAAUGUUGUAUUAGCCUCAACUAGUAAUGUUUCUUCUUCUUGUGAUGAAUCGGUUGAAAAAAUUCAAUAUGUUAGUAGUACACCAAAAAAGGAAAAUGAAGAUACUAAAGAAGUGGUAUUAGAAGUUUAUCAAACUCAAUAUGGUAGGAAAAGUUCUGAUGAAUUAAAUAAUAUUGAAAAUCAAAUUACUACUACUGCUGCUAACGAUUCUAAAUCAUCAUUAAUAAAUUCACCACCAUUAAAUUUUAAUUUUGAAUUUGAUAAUAAUUGGAGUUUAGAAGAUUUAUUAAAAAUUGAAGAUGAUUAUUUUUAUGAUUUAAAUAAUAAUUUAGUUAGUUCAACAACAUUAUCACCAGAUUCAAAAAUUGAAGAAAUUGAUACUUCUUUUACUAAAAUUAGUCAAAUUGAAACAACAACAACAUUAACUCCUCAAGAAGAAAAUACAAUAACUUAUAAAAAUACAUUACCAGAUGAAGAUAAUACAAGUAAUGAUAGUUUUGAAAAUUUUGAAGAUUGUUAUGAUUCAUCAAUUUUAGAAAGUUUUAAAGAAUUAACAAUUUUAGAAAAAUUUAAAAACGUUUUUAAUAAAUAUAAUAUUAAUUCUUCUUCAAAUGUUUUUAAAAAAUUUGGAACAACAACUUCUCAUUCAAAUCAGUCAAUAUUGGAGCUUUUUAAUAAACAUAAUAAUUAUGAAGAUGCUAAUUCUGGUGAUCCACAUCCAUAUUUAAAUGCUUAUGAAUGUGAUGAAUCUCCUAAAAUUAAAUUUCAAGAAUUUGUAUUUUUAGAUUCUGAUGAAAAAGAUCAUGGACAUAUUCAAUCUGUUUUGGAUCCAUCUAAUAUUCGUAAUGGAAGAAAUAUCAAUGGUAAUGGAAAUCAUUUUAAUACUACUCCAAAACUCACAAGAUCUCAUCAACCAAAACGUAGAAAAUCAUUCUUACACCUAGUUUCAACAUCAACUAAUCCAAUAAAAUCACAUAACAAUACAACAAAAACAACAACAACAUCACCCAAUAAUAAAAAUUUAAAAUCAAUAUUAAAAAAUAAAAUUAAUAAUAAUUUUAAGUUUGAAUUUAUAGCAAGUUUAAAACAAUCAUCUAUAGAAUUUGAUGAAUUUUGGCAUAAAUUUGAAAUGAAUGAACAAUUAAAAAAUAAUAAUUAUAAUGAAGAAAUUUUAAAUCAAUUACGUUUAGAACAAGUUAGAAAUUAUUAUGAAAUUGAUCAAAUUUGA